CGCCGGGAGGGGCGGCCCCCAGCCCCGCCAGCCCCACUGCCAUGGCGCCGCCGCCCUCAGCGCUCUGCCUGUUCGACGUGGAUGGCACCCUGACGGCCCCGCGCCAGAAAAUCUCGGCGGAGAUGGCGGCGUUCGUGCAGCGGCUGCGGCAGAAGGUGAAGGUGGGAGUGGUGGGCGGCUCGGACUUCGCCAAGAUCCGCGAGCAGCUGGGCGAGGACGUGAUUGAAAAAUACGACUACGUGUUUCCAGAAAAUGGCCUGGUAGCAUACAAAGAUGGGAAAUUCUUGAGCAAGCAGAGCAUUCAGGGCCACCUGGGYGAGGAAAUCCUUCAAGAUGUCAUCAACUACUGCCUGAGUUACAUUGCAAAGAUUAAACUGCCAAAGAAGAGAGGCACUUUCAUUGAGUUCCGAAAUGGGAUGUUAAACGUGUCCCCCAUUGGGAGAAGCUGCAGCCAGGAAGAACGRCUUGAGUUCUAUGAAUUUGAUAAAAAGGAGCAUAUAAGAGAGAAAUUUGUAGCUGAUUUGCAAAGAGAAUUUGCAGGCAAAGGCCUCACAUUUUCUAUAGGAGGCCAGAUAAGCAUCGAUGUGUUCCCAGAUGGCUGGGACAAGAGGUACUGCUUAGGAAUUGUUGCCAAGGAUGGGUACAAGACUAUUUAUUUCUUUGGAGACAAGACUAUGCCAGGAGGAAAUGACUAUGAAAUUUUCACAGACUCCAGAACAGAAGGCCACAGUGUCACAUCCCCACAGGAUACAAGAAGAAUCUGUGAAGAGCUAUUUUUUAAAUGAAAGACUUUUAGAAUUCACACUUCCRAGACGGUUAAAACAGCAAAAUAACUUGAAACAUCGUCUUCGUUCUGUAUUGUUUUUUGUAAUUGGUCCUGAAUAUCAGGUGCUUUGCAGGUCAGGAAUUAUUGAAGGGAAAUGUUUUAAUUAAAGACCACUGCUGACUGGGGGAACACAGCAGAGCUCGUUUAGCACCCUCCUUUCAGUUUCCAGUCACAGAAGUACUUUGUUUUCUUUUUGCUUGAUAGUGGGGUUUGGGUUGGUUUAUAUUUUGGGCUGGUUUUUAAGAUACAAGUAAACUUCCUUAACUAAUCAAUUACAAUAGGGGGAAGGGGAGGCAUAAUCUGCUUCUUGAUGAUUUAUGGUCUCAAAAUUGGCCUGCAAACCUUUAUCCCUAAUUUUUUAUAUUGAGGCUGCUUUUUAAAAGAUGAACGUUUUUAAGUUGUUUUUUUUUUAAAUACUUACCAUAUGCUAUAUGAAUUAACAUGAAUUUUAAGACAGUUGGGAUUUUCUUGUCUAAAACUGGAAAAUGAGUAGAAGGGACAGGUUUUAUUUCUUCSUGGGAUGAGGGAAGAUGGAACUGAGCCAGAAAUCCCUGACUACCACCCCUGGRAAAGCUGGGCCAGCUGGUGCCAAAUUUCCUUCCUCAGGAGGAAUAUGGUACCAAGGCACAGUCAAGUCACGGUACCUACACUCUUUGCAGACCAAAUAUAUAAAAUCAUUUGUAAAAAUUAAUCAAAAUAACUUAAGCACAUUAGCAAAAUAUAUUUUUGUCACUUUCUGAUCAUUUUCUGAGAUUUCUGGUUAAGGCAUUAAGGGCAGGUGAGAUUUUUUGCACUAUGAAAAUGAUCUAAAUUAUGUUUCUAUUAAAAUUGAAGUUAAUGCCUGACAUUGUAAUGGUUAGUAUUACUUUUCUCAUCUGGCAUUAGGAAAGUAAUCUUGUGUAUUAGYAGUAAAGGAAAAUAAAAUCUUGUUCUAUCAUGAAAAAAUAUCCCAUUUGUCAUUUUGGCAAAUAAAAUACUUAAAGCAGACCUGUUGUAUGCUGCCUCUGUACAAAGAAA